UUGCAUUUUGUGCUGGUCUAUUAAUAUGUCUCUGUAAACUUGCAUUCUCUCUAAGUGAUGCGCUGUUUCUGUCCUCACAGUGAUUACAGAUGGAUCCCUGGACAGACCAUCUCUCACUGAUGACAUGGGAAGUGAUGAGGACCUCUAUGAAGAUUUACAUGUUUCCAGCCACCGGUAUGGUGGAGGGGGAGAGCAGCUGGCAAUAAACGAGCUGAUCAGUGAUGGCAGCGUGGUGUAUGCAGAAGCUCUGUGGGAUCAUGUCACUAUGGAUGAGCAGGAGCUCGGCUUCAAAGCUGGAAGUGUCAUUGAAGUGAUGGAUGCCACAAACAAGGAGUGGUGGUGGGGGAGGAUCCUAGACAGUGAAGGAUGGUUCCCUGCAAGCUUUGUCAGACUCCGUGUAAACCAGGAUGAACCGCUAGAUGAAUAUUCCUGCAAACCUGGAGACAAACAACAGGAUUCCAGGAAUGUCUUAAGACGUCACGGUUUUGGCCCAACAAACAAGGACCAAAUGAGAACCAAUGUGAUAAACGAGAUCUUGAACACCGAGAAGGACUACAUAAAGCACCUGAAGGACAUCUGUGAGGUUUACAUCAAGCAGUGCCGUAAAAGAGCAGACAUGUUCACAGAGGAGCAGCUGUGGACUAUUUUUGGGAACAUUGAAGACAUCUACAAGUUCCAGAAGAAAUUUUUGAAGACUCUGGAAAAGCGAAUUAACAAGGAAGCUCCACAUUUGAGUGAGAUUGGUUCCUGCUUUCUGCAGUAUCAAACAGAUUUUCAGAUCUACUCAGAGUACUGCAACAAUCAUCCGAACGCCUGCACAGAACUUUCAAAACUUUGUAAAGUGAAGAAGUAUGGCUAUUUCUUCGAGACAUGCCGCUUAGUACAGAAGAUGAUAGAUAUAUCACUGGAUGGAUUCUUACUGACACCAGUGCAGAAAAUCUGCAAAUAUCCUUUACAGCUGGCUGAGCUUCUCAAAUAUACCAACCCCCAGCACAGGGAUUUUGCAGAUGUGGAAGCAGCACUGAAUGCCAUGAAAAAUGUGGCCAAACUGAUCAAUGAGCGAAAGAGGAGGCUAGAAAACAUUGAUAAGAUAGCUCACUGGCAAAGUUCUAUAGAAGACUGGGAGGGUGAAGACAUUUUGACAAGAAGUUCGGAACUCAUCCACUCCGGUGAAUUAACAAAGAUCUCACAGCUGCAAUCAAAGGGGCAACAGCGGAUAUUUUUUCUUUUUGAUCAUCAGAUUGUCUACUGCAAAAAGGUAUCUUAUAAGUAA